UGUCACUAAAUUUAUAUAAAAAACAGAGAGCUUUCAAAAAUGUAGGCAAAACUUGGAGGCUGUUCCUUUUAAACAACGAAUUGCCAAUGAUGCUCAAUAGGUUGAAGUGUGGGCCUUCCAGAUGCAGUCUAGCUACUGUGCUACUUUCCUUCUUUCUUCAAACAUAUGGAUUGAGUGUCUUGAAACCCAAUAUUUUGUUGAUAAUGGUGGAUGAUCUUGGGUAUGGUGAUUUAGGAUGCUUUGGAAAUGAUACUAUCAGGACCCCUAAUAUCGACCAGCUUGCAAAGGAAGGAGCAAAACUUACUCAGCACAUUGCAGCAGCUCCACUUUGUACCCCAAGCAGAGCAGCUUUUCUGACUGGCAGAUAUCCCAUCAGAUCAGGCAUGUCAGCCAGAACUGAGCCCCAAGUCUUCAUCCGAACUGGGAGUUCAGGUGGUCUCCCUCCAAAUGAAACAACAUUUGCUAAGUUACUACAGCAGCAAGGCUAUACAACUGGUCUUAUAGGAAAAUGGCACCAGGGUGUGAGCUGCAAAUCCCGCAAUGAUCAUUGCCAUCAUCCUUUAAAUCAUGGCUUUGAUUACUUCUAUGGCACACCUUUAACAUUUCUGAAUGAAUGUCAGUCUGGCAAGGAUCCUGAGAUAAGUAAACAAUUACGAGCUUCGUGUUGGUCUUAUACACAACUGAUUUCUCUCUUGGUGUUCACUCUUUUGCUGGGGAACAUUUCUGGCAUGACCUCUCUGAAAUGGAAAGCAAUUGCCUUUGUUGCUGUGUGUGACAUUUUGUUUUUUAUCAUCUGGUUUUCUUGUUAUGGAUUUUCAAGAUAUUGGGACUGUAUCCUGAUGAAGGAACACAUUGUUGUUGAACAACCAAUAAAAGUCGAGAAUGUAACCUUCAAGAUAUUGAAGGAGGCUAUCUCAUUUAUUGAAAGAAACAAACAAGGACAAUUCCUCCUCUUUGUUUCUUUCUUACACGUCCACACUCCAUGCUACACUACAGAGCUAUUUCGUGGAAAAAGUAGUCAUGGUUUAUAUGGAGACAAUGUGGAGGAAAUGGAUUGGAUGGUGGGAAAAAUACUUACUGCCAUUGACAAAGAUGGCUUACGAGACAACACUUUUGUUUACUUUGCUUCUGACAAUGGAGGAUCUUUGGAGCUCAGAGAAGGGAGCACUCAGUGUGGUGGCUGGAACAGUAUAUACAAAGGUGGGAAAGCCAUGGGAGGCUGGGAAGGAGGAAUCCGUGUGCCUGGAAUAGUCAGAUGGCCAGGAAUGAUCCCUGCCAAUAUUGCCAUUAAUGAACCCAUAAGUCUGAUGGAUAUUUAUCCCACAGUGGCGCACUUAGCUGGGGCAUCAGUGCCACAGGACAGAGUAAUUGAUGGCAAAAAUCAGAUAGCUUUACUUCAGGGAAAAGUGAAACACUCAGAGCAUGAAUUCAUGUUUCACUAUUGUGGAGCAUACUUGCAUGCAGUGCGCUGGUACCAGAAAGAGAGUGGUGCUCUCUGGAAAGUUCAUUAUGUGUCUCCCAAAUUUCAUCCAGAGGGUGCUGGUGCCUGUUAUAACAGAAAAAUCUGCCCAUGUUUUGGAGAUGGUAUUACCCAUCACAAUCCUCCCUUGCUUUUUGAUCUCUCGCGCGACCCUUCUGAAGCCAAUCCCUUGUCACCGACAACUGAGCCACUGUUUAACACCAUUCUAAGUCAUGCUGAAAGAGCUAUAAGAGAACAUCAAGAAACACUCACUCCUGUCCCAGAACAGUUUGAUAUAUAUAAUAUUAUAUGGAAGCCAUGGCUUCAGCCAUGUUGUGGAACAUUCCCUUUCUGUUGGUGUGAUGAUGAAACUGAUAGCAAUGCUAUAAAUGUUCAGAUAUAGA